UGCCCAUAAAAGCCCAGAGCGUGUUAGCGGGCGCGGGGCAGAGCGCCUUCCCGGUCGUCUCCGUGGAGCCCCCGAGCCUCGCCCGGAUCUUCCGAGCUCAAGAAGCUGUUCUGGAAGUGUAACAGCACCUGGUGCAGAGACAGAAACCAGCUCCAGGUGUGCCACAGGAAGGCAUAAGCAAGGACACUGGUUCUUGGCCAGCCAAGUCUAAAUCUUCCACAUAAGAGUGAAAAGGCCUCUCAGAAGACUUAGAACCAGAGGCACAAGAUCCAUACUUUCACAUAAGGUGCAGUUCAUUUCAUCAGAGAAUACUUACAGGGAGGGGGCACCAUUCAAAUCUUCCUGUUCCAUCUCCAACUGUAAGAAGGGAGAGAUAAAUAUUGAAAAACAACUGGAAGUGCCCUGUGACAUCAUGCUCUACCCAUAGCUCGUAGGUGAGACUGUUUGCUGCUCUUGGUUAUAGAGGAUUCAUCACUGAAGCCUGUAAAUUAAGCCGCCUUAUAUUUACAUCAGUCCUGAUAGAUGUGAUGGCUGCGCCGCCCGGCCCUCUGCAGCUGCUGGGAGUGCUGCUUACCAUUUCCCUGGGCUCCGUCAGGCUCAUUCAGGCUGGUGCUUACUAUGGGAUCAAGCCACUGCCACCACAAAUUCCUCCUCAGAUCCCACCGCAAAUUCCACAAUACCAGCCUCUGGGCCAGCAAGUACCUCACAUGCCUUUGGGCAAAGAUGGCCUUAGCAUGGGCAAGGAGCUGCCCCACGUGCAGUAUGGCAAAGAGUAUCCACAUCUGCCCCAAUACAUGAAGGAAAUUCAGCCGGUGCCAAGAAUGGGCAAGGAAGCGGCACCUAAGAAAGGCAAAGAAAUACCAUUAGCCAGUUUACGAGGGGAGCAAGGCCCCCGUGGAGAGCCCGGCCCAAGAGGACCCCCGGGGCCCCCCGGCUUACCAGGUCACGGGAUACCUGGAACCAAAGGAAAACCAGGGCCACAGGGAUACCCAGGAAUUGGAAAACCAGGUAUGCCUGGGAUGCCAGGAAAGCCAGGAGCCAUGGGAAUGCCAGGGGCAAAAGGUGACAUUGGACCCAAAGGGGAGAUCGGGCCUAUGGGGAUCCCAGGGCCUCAAGGACCUCCAGGGCCUCAUGGACUUCCUGGCAUUGGAAAACCAGGUGGGCCAGGGCUACCAGGGCAGCCAGGUGCAAAGGGAGAGCGAGGACCCAAAGGUCUCCCGGGACCUCCAGGCCUUCAGGGUCCGAAAGGAGAGAAGGGCUUCGGGAUGCCAGGUCUGCCAGGCCUAAAGGGUCCUCCAGGGAUGCAUGGCCCCCCUGGCCCUGUUGGACUUCCCGGGGUGGGAAAACCAGGAGUGACAGGCUUCCCUGGGCCCCAAGGCCCCCUGGGAAAGCCAGGUCCUCCAGGGGAACCUGGGCCCCAAGGCCCUGUUGGGGUCCCAGGAGUUCAAGGGCCUCCUGGGAUGCCUGGAGUUGGAAAGCCAGGCCAGGAUGGGAUCCCUGGCCAGCCAGGAUUUCCAGGUGGCAAAGGGGAGCAAGGACUGCCAGGGCUGCCAGGACCCCCAGGCCUUCCAGGGAUUGGGAAACCGGGCUUCCCAGGACCUAAGGGUGACAAGGGCAUAGGGGGUCUUCCUGGGGCUCUAGGACCAAGAGGGGAGAAAGGACCAGUCGGUGCCCCUGGAAUGGGGGGCCCCCCAGGAGAGCCAGGCCUGCCUGGAAUCCCAGGUCCUAUGGGUCCUCCAGGUGCUAUUGGUUUUCCCGGACCCAAGGGAGAAGGUGGCAUUGUAGGGCCACAGGGGCCACCAGGUCCCAAGGGUGAGCCAGGGCUUCAAGGCUUCCCAGGAAAGCCAGGUUUCCUUGGUGAAGUAGGGCCCCCUGGCAUGAGGGGCUUGCCAGGUCCCAUAGGGCCCAAGGGGGAAGCUGGGCACAAAGGGUUACCAGGGCUCCCUGGGGCUCCAGGGCUGCUUGGACCAAAGGGAGAACCAGGAAUCCCAGGGGAUCAAGGUCUACAGGGCCCUCCAGGCAUCCCAGGGAUCGCAGGCCCCAGUGGGCCCAUUGGACCACCUGGAAUGCCAGGCCCAAAAGGGGAACCAGGCAUCCCAGGGCCCCCUGGGUUCCCUGGAGUAGGGAAGCCUGGAGUAGCAGGACUUCAUGGGCCCCCAGGGAAGCCUGGUGCCCUUGGUCCUCAAGGCCAGCCGGGCCUUCCAGGGCCCCCAGGCCCUCCAGGGCCCCCAGGCCCUCCAGCUGUGAUGCCCCCGACACCACCACCCCAUGGAGAGUAUCUGCCAGAUAUGGGGCUGGGAAUCGAUGGAGUGAAACCCCCCCAUGCCUAUGGGGCUAAGAAAGGCAAGAACGGAGGGCCAGCCUACGAGAUGCCUGCCUUCACAGCUGAGCUGACUGCGCCUUUCCCACCUGUGGGGGCCCCAGUGAAGUUUGACAAACUGCUCUAUAACGGCAGACAGAACUACAACCCACAGACGGGCAUCUUCACCUGCGAGGUCCCUGGGGUCUACUACUUUGCAUACCACGUUCACUGCAAGGGGGGCAAUGUGUGGGUUGCUCUGUUCAAGAACAACGAGCCCAUGAUGUACACGUACGAUGAGUACAAAAAGGGCUUUCUGGACCAGGCAUCUGGGAGUGCGGUGCUGCUGCUCAGGCCCGGAGACCGAGUGUUCCUCCAACUGCCCUCAGAACAGGCUGCAGGACUGUAUGCGGGGCAGUACGUCCAUUCCUCCUUUUCAGGAUAUUUAUUAUAUCCCAUGUAAAAAAAAAAGAAAAGAAAGAGAGAUUUAAUAGAAGAAAAGAAAAUGACACACCGAAAAGAUCCAAAUGAAAAACAUAAUUGCUUCAAAACAUUUAUAUAGUUGGAAAGUCAUAUUUAAGUGAAAAUCUGAACCAUCAUGUACAAAUAAAAACUAAGAUGCAUGUUAAAUGCUCUGCAUAGCAGCCUGUAAUUAAAAAUGAUGGGAUAGAUUUAUGUAUCAAGUACUGACACUUGUGUUGUACCCACUGGAAUCAUAUUAGCUGUUGUAUUGUUAUAUGCUUCCAUGAUAACCUGCUUAUUCAGAUCAGUCAAAAUAUUUCAGUAUGAAAGAUCAUAGCUAAUGAAAAGUCACUUGCUCACAUUGUUUAAAGAUUUAUAAAUAUGGCUUAAAGAAAUGUUAAUGAUAACAAGUAUAUAUACCGUAUUUACUUGCAUAAUUUCCUCUGUAUAUAGGAGGGUGUUUUGUCAGGGAAGGUGGGGAAGCACUUCUGCUGUGUUAUAGUCCUGGUGGGAAGGAGUCAGGGGGAGCAGUAGGGUGUUAGUCCAAGGGCUAUUUCCUGCCUGUCAGAGACCAGGUCUUUUAUCAACAUGAGUCCUACUCAGAAUUGUGUUAUCUCGUGUCUCUAAAAGAACAAAUGAGCCAAUUGCCUGCUGUGUUAUUUACUCAGCAAACCCUGUGUGCUUCGCACUGGAUGAGCCAUUUGGGGGAUAUAAGACAGGAGCUAAAAAACCUGGUGGGAGACAGGAGCAGGAAUUAAUUCACUUAUUUCUCGAGGAUCCUUUUUGUUUCAUUUUCUGUAAUUUUUUUUUCUUUCCACCAUGUAACUUCCACUAUGACCCAAUUAAUAUAAAACAUGUGGAAGUCACAAGGAAAAAAAUGAUUUUCCAGCAUUGUGGAAUGUUCAUUAUCAACAGCAAUUUUUAAUUGCGUUUACAUGCAUAUAAAAAUCCGCCUCCUUUGCCUACCAUACAAAUGACUACAAUGAGGUUUCGCUCUUGAAGGGGUGAUCAGUAUUUUUCAGUAGCUACUGAAUUUUGAAGAAAUUUCCUGGUACAGGAUAUAUGCAAGUUGGCAUAUCGUCUGAGGUUCCAAAGCCAAUUUUCAAAAUCCAAGCCAUCUUUUUUUUUGACAAGAAAAAACGUUUCAGAGUUUCAGAAUUCUAUAGGAAAGUAGUUUUUUUUGGGAAAAAAAAAAGAGAAAAAAGAAAAAACGAUUUCUGAAGUUUUAAAUUUAGAAAUGGGAUAUACUACUUCCUAGUGUGGGUACUAAAAUUAUAGGAAAAGAAGUCUUUCUUUAGAAGCAACCUGUGGAAGAGCUAUCUGAAAUGUCAGAGGGCAGUAAGAGCCCGUACUUCGGGCACCUCAUACUCAGUGCAAGGCAAGAGUCAAUAUAGGUUUAAAGAGAAAAAUUAGUAUCCUUCCAGGUUUUCACUUAGGUACAUACUAACUGCUGCGGGCAUUCAAAUCUGGUCUCAAAACGUGGGCAAAAUAUUUCAGUCAGCUAUGAGUCUGUUGCUGAUACUAUAAAGCCACUGUGGGAAAUAAUGUGGGGCUAUGGUAGUAGAACGUUCUGUUCCUCAAAAUUAAGAGUAAGAAAUUGAGGGGAAAGGUACAGGUGGAAAAAUACACAAAUAAAUACGGUAUAAACACACAUGGAAAUGUGUCUAUGUCAAAUCUGAAUCAUUUUAACCAUCAAGAAAAUUCUCCUCGGCCUAAUAGGUGUCUUUCCCCUAUAUGGUAUACGAGCACCUUUUCUUCUUGAUUUCUUAAGAGAAAUGAAUUCACUACCAGGGCACUGCUAAUUUUACGACAAACUUUUCCCAUCAAAAGAUUUCUGACCCAAACUUCAUUUUCCAACCCAAACUUCAUUUUCAAAGCAGACAGCAUCUAUAUGGUCAAACAUCCUUCAGGUUGGUCUUGAGGAUACUGGUUUUGGACUGAUGACUAUGGAGGCAACAGGGAUCCAUUAAGCUCCUUCUGCUGAAUAGCUGCAUUGAAAUGGCUUGGAAGCAAGUCAGAUCAGCUGAUCCAUAAAUCGUAUUUAUCUGUACAUGUAUGGGCUUUUUAUUUCCACCAGGUAUGAAAGACAGUACCUCUUUAGUUAAGACCAAAUUUCACUUUUAAAAAUACCUUCCAACUUAUUUAUUCGUUGUUACUCAAUUGCCUAAAUAUACAUAUAUAUAUAUAUAUAUAAUGUGCGUGAGUGUGUAUAUUAUCAGGCAUAUGCUUCUAACUUUUAGAUAGGGAAGGAGCAAAAUCUAUGCCAGAUACUGUGUAUUCUACAAUGGUGCUAAUCUCAGAGCUAAAUGAAUUACUCCAUAUAAUUUAAAAAAAGAGUUUUAAAUAAUUAUCUAUAUGUCUGUUUCCCUUUUAAGUGUUGCACAUCAUGUUAACACAUUAGUGUAAAAACAGAUGAAACAACCACAUGCUCAAAAGUCUAGGGAUAGUGUUAUAAUCCCUAUUUAAUUCAAAAAUCAACUAGAACUUUUCCUUGUGAAAUGGACCAAACUGGCAUUACGUUAUUUAAACACAGAGUUUUAAUGCAGUAUGACAUACCACAGAGGAAAAGAAUGUCUAUAGUGGGUGACUGUUCUCAAAUAUUUUAUAGAAAACCAUGAAAGGUGCUCUAUAAAAAACUGGUGACUUUUUUUUUUUUGAGUUUCCAUGAUAGAUUUGAGACUUGUCAAUAGCAAAUCAUUUUUGUAUUUAAAUUUUUGUACUGAUUUGAAAAAAAGACUUAUUAAAUAUCUUUAAAAGUA